CAAAGAUACAGUUUCACUCCAAUUAGAAGUCCCUGCAGUCACACAAAAGCUUCGCCGUCCAUUCCCUCCAGUUAGUUACAUCAAUUCGAUCAAGUGCUCUCCUUCUUGAUAGCGGUACGGUGGUUCUACCGUGAUCUCGGCUAUAUACUUUUUGGCAGAGCCGUCUCGCCGUCCAUUCCUCUUCUACACCGCUCGCCGCCAUUCCGGAUUCCUCAAGCACAGAAGCUACAGUCAGGUGUAGCAUAGCGGUUAACAGGUCUAAUGCAAAGCUGUUGAAACAGAAUGCCACAAAGCUCGAUCACAUACGAUAGUUUGCAGUAUGUAUGGCACGAUGAGUAAUACAGACAUCAAAAAGCAGCAAACAUAAGUAUGAUUGCAAUCUUACCGACUACAAAUACUCAACGUUUCUAUAGUAUGCCGGAGAACAAAUAUUACUUCCAAAUCUCAAUUUCAGGGUUCUAAUUGGAAAACACAUUCGAUGAGGAAAUUGACAAAAUCCACCAUUAUAAUAGGCAAAAGAUCAUUUCCCUUAGGUGAAAUUGUGCGGAAUGCCGACUCCAAUAAUGAAGAUUCUAAUCUUGGCAUUGCUGACAGGAUUCACACUGGUCCUAAAAGACCAAGAGCAGUGGGAACCGAAAAUGAACCAAAUGCCAUUUUCCCUCUUGACUUGAAUAAAAGUUCUUCUUUGUGUUCGAAUAGAGCACCAUUGCAAAACAUAACGAACGUCCCGUCGAGAACACUUACUAUUGGUAAAAGUUUUGGAGGGACAACUUCUCUAUCUUACACUCCUUAUCCUGCUGAAACAUCACGAAAAAGAGAUAUGUCUGAGGCCCGUACUACAUUCACUUCUGAACAAAUUGAAUUAUUGGACGUUGGCGAUGUCAAUGGAACAUAUUAUGAAGUAGAUAAAAAUACUGAAGGAGAUAGGUGCACAGAGAUACCUGAUACAUUUUCAGAUGAUGAUGGGAUCACAUUUGAUGUGGAAGACGCAUCAUAUGCAUUUAAUUCGUAUGAAGAUUAUUUAGAUCUGGGUGACAGUACUUACACAUGUGAGCAUUGUGGAUCUCUAUUUUGGCAUGCUGAAAGAGUUAAAAGACAUGGAAAGCAAAAACCAAAGUUCUCAAUGUGUUGCAAUCAAGGAGAUGUUGUACUCCCCAAGAUGCAAACACCCCCACAGUUGUUAGGGGCUUUGAUAUUUGGCACAGAUGAGCGUAGUGGACAUUUCCUUAAAAAUAUACGUUCAUAUAAUUCUAUGUUUUCGUUUACUUCAAUGUGCGGAAAAACUGAUGGAAGCAUAAAUAGUGGCACUUCACCUCCCGUGUUCCGAUUGAAUGGUCAGAAUUAUCACACAAUUGGAAGCCUUUUGCCAAAGGAUGGACAACGACCUAAGUUUCUACAGAUGUACUUAUCUGAUCCAGCUGAAGAGAUUGCACACAGAAUAAACGCUGUGAGGAAUGAGGAUGAUACCUCCUUGCAAUCUUCAUUGGUGCAAGACUUGAAAGAAAUGCUUGACACAUACAAUGUGCAUGCAAAAUCAUUCAGAAUGGCGAGAGAUCGAUUUAAUGAGUCUAAUUCCACCACAUUGAAAAUGAAACUCAUCGGCAAAAGGCACUCAGAAGGCCGCACUUACAACAUGCUAAGUGUCAAUGAAGUUGCAGCGCUAAUUGAAGGUGAUUUUGAUGUAAACAAAAAAGAAAGAGAUGUGCUUCUUCAAACAAAGACAGGGGCUCUACAAAUUAUUUCUGAAUUGAACCCGUCUUUCUUGGGUUUGCAAUACCCACUUUUAUUUCCAUAUGGCCAAGAUGGGUUUAGAGAAGAUGUGUCGUUGACGCGUGCAAUAAAUAGCGAGAGCGAGAGUGGGAGGAGGCGUGUCACCAUAAAAGAUUUCUUUUCAUACAGAUUGCAGGAGAGGACUGAUGAAUCACCUUAUCUAUUGAGAUCAAAGAGAUUGUUUCAACAAUUCAUUGUUGAUGGGUAUACAAUGGUUGAAUCAUCACGAUUGCAGUACAUCCGUCUCCACCAGAAACAGUUAAGAAGUGACUUAUAUAGUGGCUUAGCAGACGCUGCUGGAAGAGGAGAAACGGAUGCAUCUAGAGUCGGCCAAUUAAUUGUUUUGCCAAAUUCCUUCACAGGUAGUGCACGCUAUAUGUUGCAAAAUUACCAAGAUGCAAUGGCUAUAUGUAAAUGGGCGGGGUACCCACAACUAUUCAUCACAUUUACAUGUAAUCCGAAAUGGCCGGAGAUUAUUCGCUAUGUUGAUGACAAGGGAUUGGAUCCAAAUGACCGACCGGAUAUCCUUUCCAGGGUUUUUAAGCUAAAACUCGAACUUCUCAUCAAGGAUCUGAAGGAAAAUAAGUUAUUUGGUGAUGUCAAAGCAG